AUGUCACCUCCGCUGAGAAGAUCACGUCCAGCUACGCCAGAGGUUCAGAUGCCUGAGUCCAGCGUUGAUCGAGAUAGAGAGGGCCGUCCAGUAUCGCCUCCUGCACCUAGUCCCCGUGCUUCGACGAUUGAUUUGUUCGACCUCCUGAUGGAGAUGAGAGGAGACAUGGCAGAGUUACGGGAGAAUGUCGUGACACUACGAGCUGAGUUCGGGGACAUGGCACAUUUACGAUAUGAUGUCGCGAUGUUACGAGCUGGGUUAGGAGACCUCUAUGCUGAGGUUGCAGCGAUACGGGGUGACAUAGCAAGCCUGCGUGGGACGAGCGAUUAUCGAGAUGGAGGAGGUAGCGGAGGGACAGGUCACUAUCGGGACGGAGGGGGUGACGGAGCGACUGGUGGCUAUCGAGACGGAGGGACUGGCGGUUAUCGGGACGGAGGGGGUGACGGAGGGGGGGAGGGGGUCAGAUGGGGUAUGUUGACUCAUCGUGGCCAUCAGUUGCUGCAUUUGAUUCAUUUUUAG